AUGGGUAUGGAUUUUUUUACUUGCUUCCUCUUCUUACUAAUCAUAUUCCCAACUUGUGGCUAUGCAGCUAUAAACACAUCAAGUCCUUUGUCAAUAGGACAAACUCUGAGUUCCCCUGCUGGAUUGUAUGAGUUAGGCUUCUUCACUCCUAAUAAUACUCGGAAUCAAUAUAUUGGGAUCUGGUUCAAGAAAGUUGUUCCUCGGGUAUAUGUUUGGGUAGCUAACAGAGAUACUCCAGUUACGAGCUCUGCAGCAAAUCUAACUAUCAGCAGCAACGGGAGCUUGAUCUUGCUUGAUGGAAAACAAGAUGUUAUUUGGACAACGGGAGAGACUUCCACAUCCAACGAAUGUCAUGCGGAGCUCUUAGACACUGGAAAUUUUGUUGUGAUUGAUGAUGUCUCAAGAAGAACUUUAUGGGAAAGUUUUGAGAAUCUUGCUAAUACUUUGCUGCCUCAGUCAUCGUUGACGUACGAUGUUCCUAGUGGCAAGAAGAAUGUAUUGACUUCAUGGAAAAGUAACAGUGAUCCAUCGCCUGGAGAGUUCUCGCUGGAGAUUACACCACAAGUCCCUUUACAAGGCCUUAUAAGAAAUGGCUCAGUGCCUUACUGGAGAACUGGUCCAUGGGCAACAACAAGAUUCUCUGGGUUAGUACAAUUUGAUGAAUCAUAUGUAAGUCCAUUCAGUGUUAUCCAAGAUGUAGCAACCGGAAAAGGAUCUCUCACUUUUUCCCUUGUAAGAAACUAUAAUCUAUCGUAUGUUACGGUAACACCAGAGGGGCAAAUCAAGAUUUACUGGCAGGAAGGCACCAGAUGGAUGCAUCACUUCACGGCACCAGCAAACUUAUGUGAUCUAUAUGGUUCAUGUGGGCCUUUUGGUUUGUGUGUGAGAUCCAGUACCCCGGGAUGCAUAUGUUUGAGAGGGUUCGUACCAAAGUCCGAUGAGGAGUGGAGAAAAGGAAAUUGGACAAGUGGGUGUGUGAGACGUACACGAUUAUCUUGUCAGGCGAAUUCUUCGAUGAAAACACAAGGAAGAAAUAAAGACGUCUUCUAUCGUAUGACCAAUGUAAAGACUCCGGAUGGGUACCAAUCUGCAAGCUUUCUCGAUGCAGAAGAGUGCUACCAAGAUUGUCUAGGUAACUGUUCUUGCACAGCCUUUGCCNAUAUUGGUGGAAUUGGAUGCUUAGCUUGGAAUGGGGAGCUUUUAGACACAGUUCAAUUUCCGCGUAAUGGAGAGAUUCUCUCCAUCCGUCUUGCAAGUUCGGAAUUGGCUGGAAGCAAUCGAACCAAGAUUAUUUUAGGUACUAGUGUCAGCCUUUCCGUUUUUGUGAUCUUGGCCAUUGUCGCAUUUAUGUGCUGGAGACGCAGAGCGAAACAAAAUGAUGCAUGGGCGAAUGAUUUUGCACAACAAGAUAUCUCAGGCGUAAAUUUCUUUGAGAUGCAUACCAUACGGACUGCCACCAAUGACUUCAGUUCCUCAAAUAAACUUGGUCAAGGUGGAUUUGGUCCUGUUUAUAAGGGAAAGUUGAUAGAUGGGAAAGAAAUAGCGGUUAAACGCCUUUCUAGUAGCUCCGGUCAGGGUACACGGGAGUUCAUGAAUGAAAUAACACUAAUCUCAAAACUACAACAUAGAAACUUGGUACGUCUUUUGGGAUGCUGCAUCGAAAGAGAAGAGAAGCUAUUGAUUUAUGAGUUUAUGGUGAACAAAAGCCUUGACAUUUUCCUCUUUGAUUCAACUCUAAAGUUCGAGAUUGAUUGGCCAAAGAGGUUUAACAUCAUUCAAGGUAUUGCCCGUGGACUUCUAUAUCUCCACCGUGACUCACGCCUUAGGGUCAUUCACCGAGACCUGAAGGUUAGCAAUAUUCUUCUGGAUGAGAAGAUGAAUCCAAAAAUAUCAGAUUUUGGAUUGGCUCGGAUGUUUCAGGGAACCCAAUUUCAGGACAACACUCGUCGGGUUGUUGGAACUCUAGGAUAUAUGUCUCCCGAGUAUGCAUGGGCAGGAUUGUUCUCUGAGAAGUCCGACAUCUAUAGCUUCGGUGUUCUGAUGUUGGAAAUCAUCAGCGGCAAGAGGAUUUCAAGAUUCAGCUAUGACAAUGAGAGCAAAGGCCUUCUUGCAUACGCAUGGGAAUCUUGGUGCGAAACCGGGGAAUCGGAUCUUCUUGAUAGAGAUCUUACUGAUGAUUCAUGCAACACAUUUGAAGUUGCGAGAUGUGUUCAGAUUAGUCUUCUCUGUGUUCAACACCAAGCUGCUGAUAGACCCAACACACUUGAGUUACUGUCAAUGCUCACGACAACAACAGAUCUUCCUACACCGAAGCAGCCAGUAUUUGCAGUGCAAACUCUAGACAAUGUGUCAAUGUCACACUCAAAGUCUAACGAUCACUUCUCCGUGAAUGAGUUAACACAAUCUGUGAUCCAAGGACGAUAA